UUCACCCGAAGCCCAUCCUAAAAUGGGAGGGAGCAAAGGCAAACACAUAAACUCCACUGGCAAUAUUGCGGGUCAACUUGGUCGAGCACAUGGGAGACACACGGUCGCAGAAGUUUUUUCUCAGAUGAAUUCUGUUGCACCGAAUCCAAACUUUUUCCAGACUUAAGCAUCGGUAGAUAUCGUUUACUGUGUCCGUCAGACUUUCUAUGUCAAAAGAGGUGAAGCCAGAGAGCGUGUCACUGCGUCCUCUGGGAGGAGGAGCAGCAGUCAUGGCGACCUCGGAGCAGGAGCCGGUAUGCAUUUUUGGGACGGGAGACCUGGGACGCUCCCUAGGUCAGCGCCUGCUGCAGACGGACUACAAGGUGGUGUACGGCAGCCGCAGACCUCGCAGCUGCGGCCCGUUGCCUGAAGGAGCUCAGGCGUUCAGUCAUGCUGACGCAGCCCAAUUGGCCAGUCUGAUCUUUGUGUGCGUACACAGAGAACAUUAUGACUUCAUGGAGACGCUCACCUCACAACUGGAGGGAAAGGUGCUGGUGGAUGUCAGCAACAACCCUGAGAAGAAUCUGUACCCGGAGGCCAACGCUGCAUAUCUGCAGAGACUGCUUCCUGGAUGUCAAGUGGUGAAAGGCUUUAACACCUUGUCUGCCUGGACUCUGCAGAAUGGACCCUCGGAUGCCAGUAGACAGGUCUACCUGUGUGGGAACAGUGCAGAGGCAAAGCAGGCUGUUGCAGAGGUGGCCACCAAGAUGGGUCUCACAGUUCUGGACAGGGGGUCUCUGUCUGCAGCCAGAGAGCUGGAGGACAUUCCUCUGCAGCUCUUCCCAGAGUGGAAGCUGCCCCUCCAGAUCACCGUCGGCCUCUUGGCCUUCUUCUUCUUCUAUCUGCUUAUCAGAGAAGUCGUCUACGCCUAUGUGGAUCAAGGGAAAGACAUCUCUUUCAGAAUCAUGGUGUCCCUGGCCAACAAGGUGUUUCCCAUCGUGUCACUCAUCAUGUUGUCCUUGUGUUACCUGCCUGGUGUUAUCGCUGCCUUCCUUCAGAUGUACAGAGGAACUAAGUACAGGCGCUUCCCAGAUUGGCUGGACCGAUGGAUGCUGUGCAGGAAGCAGUUGGGACUGUUGGCACUCGCCUUGGCCUUUCUGCAUGUGCUCUACACUCUCAUCAUCCCAAUAAGAUAUUAUGUGAGAUACAGGAUUCUGGACUUCACUGUCACACAGAUCAGGGAGAACCAAACGUCAGAGUUCGACAACACUAUGGCCUGGAGAACUGACUCUUACUACUCUGUGGGCAUUCUGGGGUUCGGCCUGUACAUCUUACUAGGAAUAACAUCUCUCCCGUCAGUUAGCAACGCUCUCAGCUGGAGGGAAUUCAGCUUCAUACAGUCAAAGUUGGGUCACGUGACUUUGCUCCUCUGCACCCUCCACACCUACCUGUACGGCUGGGACAGGUUCCUUCACCCCUCCAUGUACAAGUGGUACACUCCAGCGGGCUACAUGCUCAGUCUGCUGGUGCCCACUGUGGUGCUGACGCUGAAGCUGUUGCUCCUUCUGCCUUGCGUGGACCGCAGCAUCACCCGCAUCCGCCGUGGUUGGGAAAGGACCGACCUGGACGAGGAAAAAACCCUUUUGGCGUAGAAAACAUGAACAACACACUUACAGUUCUUGGUUGGAAUUACUGUGUCUAUUGAAAACAUAUUUUAUACUAGGGGCAGUGCCUUAUUAGAGCCAGCAAAUGGCACUUUAGUGGCAAAAACAUGUUGUUUUUCUAUUGUGAUUUUACUAUAUAUUGCAUGUGUUAAUAAACUCAUAAUCUAGUGCUGCUUUUAGUUUGUCGUGAUCACAGUCGUGAUGACAGUGGGCAGAAGUAUCUUACAAGCUGUAGCACCAGUCACUCUUUACUCAGUAGCUUUCGAAAGGGUAAAAUAAUAAAAUAAUUAUGUACAGUUGAACCUUGGUUGU